AUGGCCAGUACAUCUGCUAUUAAUCCGGCCGAAGGAGUCGGAAUUCAUGCAAAUGAUGAAUACCAGCAAUCAACACUCAGAAAGAACUCCGUGAAUAGUUCUGGUUCCAAAAAACCCCGGUCAGGCUCUGUUGGUGAGCCCGAGAGUAGAAACUCAGUCUUCUACACACCAAUCCCCACUCAAACCAACCCCACUGAAACACUUUCCAACCGAUUCUCCGCAUGGAGGAAGGUCUUGAAGGAUUUCAUCAAUUAUUUCCGCGAGGUUCAGGCGUCUUAUGAGAACCGUGCCAAGGGAGUAACUAAGAUCAGUCAAACCUUGAACACCACUAUUCAGCCGUCAGACUUUAUUAAGAGCGGCGGUAUCUUGGAAACAAACAACGUUUUGCGAGAGUUCCAAAAAGACCUCUAUGUUAGCAAUGAUAAUGCCACCAAGACUCUUGCUAGUAUCAUCAAUAACCUCAAUAGCCUGAGGACAGACCUCAAUUUCAAGAUUAAGGAGAUCAAAGCACUGUCACCCGACUUCAAAAAUAAUGUUGACAAAGAAAAAGAGAAUACCCGUAAGGAGAUUAUCAAAUUAACAGAGGCUCUCACUGCUCUCGACUCAAACCCACAAAACGCCUCCGGGAAGACAGACCCUUACCUAGUCAAACUCGGUUUGCAAAGGCAGCUCAAGCGCCAAAUUGAUGAAGAGAAUUAUCUUCACAAAGCAUAUAUCAACAUCGAAACCAGCGGUCGCGAGCUAGAGAGAAUCAUUGUUGUUGAAAUCCAAAAGUCUUUUGAGACCUAUAUCAAACUUAUUAAACUUGAAGGAGAAGGUCAAGAUGACUUUGCACAGAGGCUAACCACAUCUACCCUACAACUACCAGCUGAUCACGAAUGGUCAGCUUUCGUUGAGCGAGAUUCGGGAAUAGGUGGUUCGUCGGUUCCAUUGAGAACUGUUAAUGACAUUGAAUAUCCUGGCCAUCAACACCCUGCUGCUCUCGAAGUCCGCUCCGGUUUGAUGGAGAGGAAGUCUAAAUACCUCAAGUCUUACACGCCCGGGUGGUUUGUCUUGUCAUCGACCCAUUUGCACGAGUUCAAAGUAUCCGACCGCACUAGCGAUCCUGAUCCAGUUAUGUCUCUUUAUCUUCCAGAGGCCUCCCUUGGAAAGCACUCUGAGCCUGGCGCCACAUCUCACAAAUUCAUCUUGAAGGCUCGUCAAACAGGUGUCCUUCAUAUGGGCCACAACUGGGUUUUCCGUGCCGAAUCCCAUGAAGCCAUGCUUGCGUGGUACGCAGAUAUCAAGAGACUCACUGAGGUAUCUGGCGCCGAGCGCAACGCGUUUGUCACGGGAGUAGUACAUGGUCGCCAUGAAUCUAUCGAUACCACCAACCCAGAGGAAACCAGUGACGAUAUCGGGCUAGACAAUGAUGAAGCCGAUGAAAUACCGUACUCCACUGAUGCUAGUGCUCUUGCAAUACCUGCUGUACAAGAAAACAAGCGACCUGAAGGCGGUAGAUUCCCAAGUGACCUUAAUGUCAAUCGUGGGGCUGCCAGCUUGACUGGUGAAUCAGACCGUUCAAUCAUUGGGGCUGCUGGUGCUCUCAGUGGUUCAUAUGGAGAACAGCCAUUGGGAAGGCCUCGCAGCGGUAGCCAGUCUUCUACCUGGUCUUAUGAUGAGAAGCACCCUGUUCACAACACAAUGGACGAGGAAGCCGAUGAAUUUCUUCCUGUUGGAGCCGAAAUUCCGCCUGCUGUCGAGCGCCGCAUGUCUGUCAGGCACGACUACACUGAUCAUGAAGCUCUCGCCAAGAGCCAAAGCUCUGCAAACCGCCGUCGGGGACCACCCUCUCGUAAGCCAACAGCUAGCUACGGAAUUGAUCCUACCACCGGAUUACCCGACACAGGAAUGGGCGGGCCAAGCUCAACCCAACUUUCCAGAGAAGGCCCCCCUCUCAAGGUUAAAAUUCGUUCGUCGUUCCACGAGCUAUUUGCUGGAUCUUGA